AUGUCUUCAAACAUCGCUCGGCUGCUCUUCGCCUUCUUUNUCGCCACGAUAACACUAGCCUUGCCUACUCCAAGCACAAGUUCCAACCUGAACACUGUACCUCUCAAUGGGCUCCCAGCACCUGGUGCUCUGUCUCUCAAAUACAUCACUCUCGGUGUCGGCACUCAGAACUACAGCUGCAGUGCUGCCGGUGCCGUUCCCACAGCCAUUGGCGCAGUCGCCGAUCUCUACGAUGCGAGCUUGCUCAAGCCGCUUGCGAGAUCCUCUCUGAUCCCAUCAUUCGCCGCUGUGGCCUAUAGUACACAUACUUGGUUCAAUCUACCAACCCUGGGACAUCAUUUCUUCAGCGCUGCAGGUGUACCCACAUUCAACCUCGAAAGUCAUGGUUUCCUAAGUGCGAAGAAGGUGGCUAGUGUGCCGGCGCCCAAAGGUUGUAUUGAGGCAAGCGUGGACUGGCUGUUCUUGGAAGACGACGGAAGAGGAGUGAGCAAGAACAUUCAGGCAGUUUACAGAGUCGAAACUGCAGGUGGCAGUCCACCAGCCACUUGCAGCAGUGCCGGAGUGAUCGAGGUUCCUUAUGCUGCCGAAUAUUGGUUCUACGCUUAG